GUGCGGCGCCGACGCCCUCAAGAGGGGAACCGAUAGCCGACCGGUCGUUAUCUUCUCGUUGGCCACACAUUCACACUACAAGAAUCAGGAGACGGAUGAAUUGCAACAGAAGACUGAUUGGCACAGAAUAUCAGUGUUUAGGAAUCACUUACAGGAGAAGACACUCAGCUUUGCGAAGAAAGGGAGUCGUCUCUUAGUUCAGGGAAGGCUGUCGUACGGAGAGGUGACGGACGCCAACGGGAACUCACAUCAGAUCACGAGUAUAAUCGCCGAUAAUGUCAUAUUCCUGUCAUCAUCUCAUGGCGUCAACGAAGAGGACACCGACGACGAAGCCUUAGAGGCGUAAUCACAGCUCUCAACCAAAUGUGUAAAUAAGUUAAUAUUUUUGUCCCUAUUUUAUACUACAAAUUAUGUGAAACAUUGAAAAAUAAUUGUUAACGAAAUACAAAUGCGAGUUUAAAAAGUCUGUCAGGAAAUAGUCAAACAUAUCGUAACACUUGUAGACAUAUUUCACAACAAUGCUAUACUCUAUUGAAUUAUAUCUGUAAUUAUGUUUUAUUGAGUGCAACAAAUCAUUUGUGAAUACAUUAUAUAAGACGAGGAUAUAGUAGUCAUAAAACAAUAGGUUUUACUUUUUGCCCACUUAUUAGCCGACAAUAUAAAUGUGUUCACAAAAUCAAUUGCCAAUUGAAUAGUGUGUUGUCUCGAUGUGAGGACAUGUGGCGACACUAGGCGUGAGUCGGCAACGAUUGUGUGGCGAGUGUGAGAGAGGGAGAGAGAGUGUAUGCGUUGGUAAGCAUUGGUUGCUAUGGUUUUGAGUGAGUGUUUGAGUGGAUGUAUUGCAAGGAAGCGAUUGCUGUCCACAACAAUAAUAGACUCAGUUUUGUGUUGUAUUCGAGACUCAAAUCCAUUUAACAUUACAUUCAAUACAUUAUUAUUGCAAAUAUAAUACACAUUAUUAUAUCACAAAUGUUUUGUUGCAUUUAAUUAUUAUCACAUUUAAUACACAAUAUUAUUAUUACUGCUUUUGUUUGUCUUAAUUAACACCGGAUUUGCGAUUGAGUUUAAAAUUAUAAAUUACAUCAAAGACUAUACGAAAC